GACGCGUCGUAAAAGCCGGUUUUACCACGUGGUAUCCGUCUCGUGCACUCCGCGAGUUUAACGUUAUUUCGGUCGCGUUUAAAUUGUUCCGAGUGAAUAACACGCGAGUGUCAACGACAUCGAAAUAUCGCGUCGCGGCGAAAACUGUCGUUCGCGUUAACAGAGACGUGUCGCGGUAAAAAGAAUAUUUCGUGGAAUUCGGGGAAGUAACGAGAGUGGAACCGGUUGUAUCGUGGGAUCGGUGCGGCUGAAGGGUCCCGCGAGAAAGAAGAGAGCUAAUUCGACGGAGUAAUUAACGAACGAACGCCUCGAGUCGACGGAGAUUCGGUGUUCGUUCUAUUUCGCGCGGCUAUGACGCGGAAGAGGGCGCAACAGGAAUUUCACGAUUGUGUAUGAAAUGUGACAAAGUGCAAUCGGAAACAGAAACGGUGUCGCUCCGCUUUUUGGACGACCAUGGGGCAACUUACAGUGACGUUUCUUCGCCACGAGUGACUGCGUUUCUCAUCCGCCACUGAAACGACCACGAUGGAAGUACGGACAGAAAGACCCCGAACGGCUGGCCGGAUAGCGCCGACCGGACGCGUUACUCCGACCGUACAUCAAACAGGUGGAGGAAGAAGAAAAGCGAUACCGGUUCCGCCGCCGAGGGUGCCAACCCCUAUGCCCACUGCCAACAAUAAUCAACAAAAGAACAAUGUGAACGUGGACGUUCCGCCCGCGAUGCCAGCGGCUAGGAAGGAGCCUCACGAAAACAUCGCCCGAAUAGCGAAGCGGUAUCUCGACGAUAACAUGCAGCAGGCGUGGAUCAAUCCUCGUCUGAUAUCGAUGGUGCGCUCCGAGGAUGCUGUAUAACCGAUGGCAUCGCAGGGAAAUUGGAACAGGGCCACUCGUUC